AUGCCAUGCCACAGAAAUCACGACAGAUACACAGUCCAACCAUCCACCAUCCAAUCAUCCAUCUUCAGGACUCACGUCUUGUCGUCCAUCGAAACGUCAUCAUUCCCCCGCAAGCCCUUCCAGCCUUCUUCACAGCUCCAAUGGAAAGCCCCGUCGCUCUCUCCGCACUUCAAAUGUUCUAAAAUAAUCCCCAGCCACAUGCAACCUUCCAUCCCUCACCAUUGUCACCAGCAAACCUAUAUGUCUCGGCAACCAUUUACAUUGCUUCAUCACCAUCCCUACUAA